GUUGAAAGUUCACGGUGUGGGGUUAAUUAGUGGAAGUCCAUUCAUGUUGUCAUUAACCAUCAGCGGCCUAUCAGCGAUGCUACUGUUCCUUCGCCUAUUUGAAUUGAUUUUCAAGUUCAGCACCAGGAGAGGGAGGGACUGAAACAGCUUGCCUGCUCGGAUUGGCUGCCGUCACCGCGUCAAUCAUCAAUCGUUUUUUUUCUCUUUUUUCUUUUUUUUUUACUCCCAGUCCCACAGACACCAGUGUCUCCGGUCCUCCUCAUUGUGAAGCCUCGCGGAAUACUUUUCCUCCUGCUGCGCGUGUUUAAGGAAACCGAAGACGUCGCUGUUUAGUUGGACUUUUCCACGGCAGACGCUUUGCUACACUGUAGCUGAGGAUAUUCACGCGGGGUCUAACACGCAGAGCGAAGAAAAUGACUCAUUUCAAUAAGGGGCCAGCCUACGGAUUGUCUGCAGAAGUGAGAAGCAAAAUUGCUCAGAAAUAUGACCCACUAAAAGAGGAGGAGCUCCGCUUCUGGAUCGAGGAGGUAACAGGAAUGUGCAUCGGUGAGAACUUCCAGCAAGGGUUGAAGGACGGAGUCAUCCUCUGCGAACUGAUUAAUAGGCUGCAGCCUGGCUCAGUAAAGAAAAUCAACCUUUCACAGCUAAACUGGCAUAAGCUGGAAAACCUCGGGAACUUUAUCAAAGCUAUUCUUGCCUAUGGGCUGAAGCCCAGUGACAUCUUUGAGGCAAAUGACCUAUUUGAAAAUGGGAACAUGACUCAAGUCCAGACCACGCUGCUUGCCCUGGCCAGCAUGGCAAAGACCAAAGGUAUGGACACGAAGGUUGACAUCGGGGUGAAAUACGCAGACAAACAAGCUCGACAUUUCGAUGACGAGAAGAUCAAGGCUGGUCAGUGUGUCAUUGGACUGCAGAUGGGAACAAACAAGUGUGCAAGUCAGGCUGGUAUGACAGCCUAUGGGACCAGACGGCAUCUGUACGAUCCAAAGAAUCAGACCGACAAACCCUACGACCAGACCACCAUCAGCCUGCAGAUGGGAACCAACAAAGGAGCCAGCCAGGCGGGCAUGUCAGCCCCCGGGACCCGCAGGGACAUCUUUGACCAGAAGGUGGCGCUGCAGCCAGUGGACAACUCCACCAUCUCCCUCCAGAUGGGCACCAAUAAGGUAGCAUCUCAGAGGGGCAUGACUGUGUACGGUCUGGGUCGACAGGUGUACGACCCCAAAUAUUGCGUCCCUCCAACGGAACCGGUCAUUCACACUAACGGCAGCCAAGGAACCGGAACCAACGGUUCCGAGAUCAGCGACAGUGACUAUCAGGCCGAGUUCCAGGAGGACGAGUACCCUGGAAGUUACCAUAACGACUACAGCUCCCAUUACAACGAUCAGGGCAUUGACUAUUAGUGGAGGGCUCCACCUCCAGUGCAGUAUUAACAAGUGUAUUUUACCAGCUACACAACAGAGCACGUCUUUUGCUAUCCUCAGUAGUCUGUUUUUAUUCUGAAGCAAAAGUUGAAUUAUGCCUUGAGUGCUUUUUCCUUCUUCACCUAGACUCUUUGAUCUGAGCUGCAAAGGUCGUAAGAAGUUGUAGUAGCAUAGAAUGAGAGACAGAGAUUCAGUCAUAAAAAUGUAUUUUUAAGUUUUAAGAACAUUAAUUUUAAUACUCACUUUUUAAAGAUGACCUAAUGAUGGGACAAUGAAGUAGUGAUUUCUUUUCAUGAUCUUUUAUUUGUGGACUCACCCUCGCUGGUCCAUGUGAAAGAAAUUUCACAACUGGUUGAUUUGUACAACCCCUCCCUUCUGUCUGUAAUCAUACAACCAAUCGUAGUUUAAUGCUGGUGUUCUUACACGCAUGUACCAUCAUUUAUUUGCUAUGUAACAUUUAUUUUCUUUAUGUCACCUACAAAUCCUGAUGUUGAACAGUGCACGUAACCAAACCCCAGCUGACACUAUUUUAUUUUCCUCCUAUUGUGUGAUGACCUAUUUUCAUAUUGUUCCCCUUGUUUUCACAAAUUAUAUUUAUUGCGAUGCCUGCCAUUGCAAAUCAAUACACUGUUACAUGGUUCAUAAGGAAACUGGUAUGCUAUAAAUAAAGCCUUACAUCCUUCAUUCUCCAAA